AUGCAUAAAAAUUAUAUAAAGAUAUAUACAGUCAUUUCUCUUUCAUUUCUGGCAAUGGUUGUUACUGUAGUGUGUAAUGAUAAAAAACCUGUUAAAAUGUGUGGACCUGGAUUGUUCAAUCUCCAAAUAAGGAUAUGUAGCCAAAUGACAAACUUAGGCGCUAAAAGUCGAAAAAUUCGUUUUGUUAAAGAUCUUUCGAACACACCAUCGAAGUUUUUUUUAAAUGCUCAUGCAGCUAACAGUUUUCUUAAAAUCAGAACGCUUCGUAAAAGAAGUUAUACGGGUGAAGAUGAAACUUUACUUCACAACGAAUGUUGUGUUAAAGCUUGUACGAACGAACAUAUAAAAGCUUAUUGUACAUGAGUUUUGGAGAUAAAAGAUUAUUGUUAACUAUCUUUCUA